AUGCGCAGGCGGCGCCGUAGCAGGCGCGGCGGCGGGAACGCGGCGACGAGACGUCGCGGCGGAGGGACGGGCAGGCGGCGACGAGGCGUCGCGGCGGCAGGAUGCGCAGGCGGCGCCGUAGCAGGCGCGGCGGCGGGAACGCGGCGACGUGACGUCGCGGCGGAGGGACGGGCAGCGGGCAGGCGGCGACGAGGCGUCGCGGCGGCAGGAUGCGCAGGCGGCGUCGAAUCAGGCGCGGCGGCGAGAAGGGGAGGCGGCGACAGGGGGUCGCGGCGGGGGGGAGGAGGGGACAGCGGCGUUGCGCUCGCGGCGGUGGAAUCCGCAGGCGAGGAAGGGGGGGGGAACGGCGGCGCGCCUGCUACGGCCACAGGAGAAGAGCUAUCGGGCAGUGGCGCUGGACUGCCUGCACCGCCUCGUGCACUUCUACCUCAGCGUGGCAUAACGAAGCAGCUGAUGACGAGUCUGAAGAAGGGCGUGCUAUCGCAGGACAUGCAGCACGACCGCCUCGUGGACCUGUGCGUCACCGUGGCCGCCACGGACCUCGAGUUCGCCAUGAACCACAUGGUCAUCGAGCUGCUGCGCACUGACGGGCUGGGGGAGGCCAAGGUGGUGGGACUGCGUGCGCUACUAGCAGUGGUGGAGAACGCCCUGCACCAGUCCAACGCAGCCACCCUCAUGGCCCCCGACCGCAAGUCCUCCGCUCUUGCUGGCUCUGCCAAACCCCUCGGCACCACUCGCCAAGCCCCCCACGUGCCCUUCUUCGGGGGACCAGGGGGAGGCGGAGGAGGAGGGGGGCUUCCCCCUGGACUCCCCGCCCCCCAGAUGUCUCAGCAGCAGCAGAUGCUCAUGCAGCAGCAGAAGCAGCAGCAGCUGCAGAAGCAGCAGGGAGCAGGGGCGGCGGGGCAUGCGGCGCAUCUGAGUUCACGGUUUGGGUCGGUGGAUUAUGGGAGGCUGGGUGUGGGGCCGGCGGAGACGGCGGUGAUGGCGCCGCACAUGCCUCGUGUGCGCGCUGCUCUGGGGGCGAUCAUCAAGCAGUGCCAUGCGGCGUUUGGGUCGCUGCUGCUCAUUACGCCCAAGACCACCAUUGACAUGAUGUCGAAGGACAAGGUGCAGAGCUGGCAGGUGUUCAAGUGGGCAUUACGCUGCAUGCCGCACCUCAUCCCGGAGCAGUGGCGCAACGACAAGAUGACCGAGAUCAUCCCCGUCUACGCCAUCUCCAUCGACCCCCACGUGCGCGACGAGGCCGUGCAAGUGCUCUUCCGCACCGUCCGCGACCUGCCGCAGUGCCGCUUCCCCAUCCUGCGAGGCAUGGCAAACUUCAUUCUGAAGAUCCCGGACGAGUAUCCCCACCUCAUCCACUCCUCGCUCGUCUGCCUCGUCCAGUUACUCAACGCCUGGCGGAUUUGCCUCGCGUAUGAAGCCUCCUCCUCUGCCGCUGCUUCCGGGCACGGACCCGGGGGUCCUCUUGCUGGUGCGGGGGCCGGGGGGGGAGCGGGGGGAGGGCCUGGAGGGGCGGAUUUGCUCGCCCGGACCCGGCAGGUGCUGGCGGCGCAUGGGGGGGAUGACGGGCUGAGGUUUGACCCGUCGGGGAUGGACGCAGUGGGGUUGAUUUUCCUGUGCUCCGCGGAUAACAAGAUCCGGAGGACGGCGCUGGAGCUGCUGCGGAACGUGCGCGCGCUGCAGCGCGACCUGGCGAGGCUGUUUGCGGCGGGAGGGGAGCAGCAGGUGGAGGAGGACCCACCGACUACCGAGCAGCAGGUGGAGGAGGACCCGCCCACCACGUAUAUCAUUGACAUUAUGGAGGAGACCGGGCGGGAAGUCUUUGGUGUGUCAACUCUAAAGCUUCUCCCUUCGUCCCCUUUGCACCAAUCCACGCCCCCACCCACCCACCCCCUUCCCCCCACAGGAGGAGGUGGUGAGCAAGUGCUACUGGGACAGCGGCAAGUGGCACGAGCUGCAGCCGGAGAGCGAUGCAGAGGCGCUGCAGGAGGUGACGCUGCAGCAUAUCCUCGAGGGCGCCGACCAGGCGCGCUGGGGGCGCUGCCUCAGCGAUACCCCUCUCCCCUCCCAUCUUCCCAGCUUCUUCCUCUCUUUCCCUCCUUUCCCGCACCCCCCCACCCCCCAUUUUCUCUCCCUUCCCUCACCUCCUUGUGGCUUUCCCCUCCUCUCUUCUUCCCCCCUCCUCCCCCCUCCUUCCCCCAACAGGAGGAGGUGGUGAGCAAGUGCUACUGGGACAGCGGCAAGUGGCACGAGCUGCAGCCGGAGAGCGAUGCGGAGGCGCUGCAGGAGCUUCCUCCUCUCUUUCCCUCCUUUCCCGCACCCCCCCACCCCCCAUUUUCUCUCCCUUCCCUCACCUCCUUGUGGCUUUCCCCUCCUCUCUUCUUCCCCCCUCCUCCCCCCUCCUUCCCCCAACAGGAGGAGGUGGUGAGCAAGUGCUACUGGGACAGCGGCAAGUGGCACGAGCUGCAGCCGGAGAGCGAUGCGGAGGCACUGCAGGAGGUGACGCUGCAGCACAUCCUGGAGGGCUCCGACCAGGCGCGCUGGGGGCGCUGCCUCAGCGAGCUCGUCAAGUACUGCGCCGAGCUCUGCCCCUCCUCCGUGCAGGGCGCCAGGCUGGAAGUGGUGGCGCGAAUGACCCCACUCUCCCCUGCUGACUCCUCCGCAAAGGCGGGGGCGGGGGGAGACGGGGACACGAAGCUGGAGCAGUGGCAGCUGUACGCCAUGUUUGCAUGCGCGUGCCCACCGGAGGAUGCACCUGACGGUGGAGAGCAGAGCAUCAAGGAGCUCGUGCGCCUCGUGCUGCCCAUGGCCCGUUCGGGGGCUGAAUCCUCUGUGUACGCGGCGACGGUGGCGCUGGGGCAUGCUCAUGCGGGCAUCUGUGAGGCGAUGCUGACGGAGCUCAUGAUGUGGGUGGAGGAGCUGCUCGCAGAGAUCGAGCAGCGCAAGUGGAAGAACCAGAAGGUGCGCAAGGAGGACAUGCGGGUGUUCAUGGCGCAAGUCUACCGCCUUGUAGCUGAGAACCUCUGGCCGGGCGUGCUGCCCCAGCGACCCUGGCUGCGGCAGCUCUUCCUCAAGUUCAUGGACAGCACCGCGCAGCACGUCUCCAAGGAAACCGGGGACGCGUUUCUCGACGCGCAGCCGCUGCGCUUUGCGCUCUGCUCUGUUGUCCGCUGCCUGUCCAUCGAGCUCAACGGGUGCGCGUCGAAGCGGUUCGACAUAAAGCUGCGGCGGCAGCUGUUUGAUCUGAUGGCGUCGUGGUGCGAUGAAGCGGGUGGGCUGGAGAGCAUGACGAGCGAGUUCCGGCGGGAGGUGGAGAGGACGAAAGCGGCGGCCAUGGCGCGGACGAAAGAUGCGGCGGAGAGAGCGGCCGUGGAGAAGGAGCUCAACGAGCAGGCAGAUGCCAUUCAUGGUAUGGCGAUGCAGGCGCUGGCAGCGCUGCUGCACGGGCCAUGCUUCGACGAGGGUCUGAGAAAGAUGUCUGGCAAGGCAGUCACAUGGAUCCGCUCCCUCAUGGAGUCCGCUGCAGGCACCGGCCAGGCCGCAGCCGGCAUGGGCGGCAUGGGCAUGGGCAUGGGAAUGGGGAUGAUGGGCAUGGGCAUGGGUAUGGGUAUGAUGGGCAUGGGCAUGGGCAUGGGUGGGUCGCCUCGGGAUGUGUUUAACAGGAGGAAGGGCGGCGAGGGCGGGCAUGGGAAGGGCGUGGGAAACAGGGAGUGGAGGAGCUUGUUUGGGUCCCCGUCAUGGCGGUCCAUGCUGGGGAGAGAGGCGCUGCUGAAUCUGCUCAAGACGAAUCCUGACAUCGUGCCUGCUAUCAUUGACCAGUGCUACAACUCGGACUCGGAGCUGGCAAACGGGUACUUCACGGUGCUGGCAGAGGUGUACAUGCGCGAGGAGUGCCCACAGUGCGAGCUGCAUCGCCUGCUCUCGCUCAUCCUCUACAAGGUGGUGGACCCGUGUCGGAGCAUAAGGGACGACGCCCUACAGAUGCUGGAGACCAUGUCCAUGCGCGACUGGGCCGACUACACCUCCUCCUACUCCUCCUCUGCCGGCCGCUACCGCGCCGCCGUGGUGGGCUCGCUGCCCGACAGCUACCAGCAGUUCCAGUUCCAGCUGUCGGCCAAGCUGGCACACGAGCACCCCGAGAUGAGCGAGCUGCUGUGCGAGGAGAUCAUGCAGCGCCAGCUGGACGCUGUGAAUAUCAUUGCUCAACAUCAGGUGCUGACGUGCAUGGCGCCGUGGAUCGAGAACCUCAACUUCGCUGCUCUGUGGGACAGCGGGUGGAGUGAGCGGCUGCUCAAGUCGCUGUACUACGUCACGUGGCGCCACGGCGACCAGUUCCCCGAUGAGAUCGAAAAGCUCUGGUCCACCGUGGCCGCCAAGCGGAGGAACAUCAUCCCCGUUAUCAACUUCCUCAUCUCCAAGGGGUUGGAGGAUUGUGACAGUGCAGGAGGGGAGAUCACCGGAGCACUGGAGACCUACUUCAGUGUGGCCAAGCGCAUCAGCCUCUACCUCGCUCGCAUCUCCCCCCAGCAGACCAUCGACCACCUCGUGUACGAGCUCUCACAGCGCAUGUCAGAGGAGGAUGCAGUGGACGUCUCCUCCUCGGCUGACCAAUGGCAGGAGGACAUGUCAGAGAUCCUCAGAUUCUCCCACGGUUGCAAAUUGACCGACACGUCAGCAGCAGCGCUGGCAGCAGGAGCAUCCCCCCUCCCGCCCCUCCCCGGCCAAGUCGCAUCGGCACACGCACACCACCAGCAUCACCACCGCGCCACCACCACCACUGCCUUUGGCACUGUGCGCUCGCCCUUUGGCUCCUCCACUACCACUGCCUCUCCCGCUUCUUCUGACUUUCUCCGCUCCUCGCUCUCCUCCGCCUCCUCCUCUGCUGCUUCCACCCUUCGAUCCAACAGCAUGCACAUGAACCGCUCUCCCUUCGACACCCUCGGCACAUUCACAAUGGACUUCCCGAUCGCGCCGCUCCUCGAAACCACCCCUUCCGCGCCCCCCGCCGCCCCAGCCUCCGCCUCCAAGCCCUCCAACCCGGUCCCCAACGCCAUGCUCAUGCUCCCGCACGUCUGGCUAACCCGCGCCGACUUCGCCCUAAUCCUCCUCGCCGAAAUCGCGUACGAGAACGACGAGGAUUUCCGAGGGCACCUGCCGCUGCUGUUCCACGUGACGUUUGUGCUGAUGGACUCGAGCGAGGUGGUGGUGCUGGAGCAUGCGCAGCAGCUGCUCGUGAACCUGCUCUACACGCUCGCAGGGCGGCACCUGGAGCUGUAUGAUGCGCGGGACCAGAGCGAGGGCGAGUACAAGCAACAGGUGGUGAGUCUGAUAAAGUACGUGCAGUCGAAGAAAGGAAGCCUCAUGUGGCCCAACGAGGACAUAUCCCUCACGCACACCUGCAUCCCCUCGGCGACGCUGCUCACCUCCCUCAUGCACUCAGUCGUCGAUGCCAUCUUCUUCCAGAGCGACCUGCGCACGCGCUGGGGCGAGAAGGCCCUCAAAUGGCUCCUCGACAGCGCCUCCCAAUGCUUCCCAUAUACCUUACCUCUUGCUGCACCCACUGACCCCUUUCCCUUUCCCCCCAUUCCACCCCACCCCCUGCAUCCCCCCUCCUUCCCCCUACGUUUCCAUUGGCAGGUGGUGAGUCUGAUAAAGUACGUGCAGUCGAAGAAAGGAAGCCUCAUGUGGCCCAACGAGGACAUCUCCCUCACGCACACCUGCAUCCCCUCCGCCACGCUGCUCACCUCCCUCGUGCACUCAGUCGUCGAUGCCAUCUUCUUCCAGAGCGACCUGCGCACGCGCUGGGGAGAGGAGGCCCUCAAAUGGCUCCUCGACAGCGCCUCCCGCCACGCCGCGGCCCGCUCCCACCAGAUGUUCCGCGCUCUCCGCCCCCACGUCACCUCCGAUACCUGCCUGCUGCUCCUGCGGUCGCUCCAGCGCUGCUUUUCCAACCCGUCCCCGCCGAUUCUCGGGUUUGUGAUGGAGAUUCUGCUCACGAUGCAAGUGGUGGUGAAUUCCAUGGAGCCGGAGAAAAUGAUUCUCUACCCGCACGUCUUCUGGGGGUGCAUCGCGCUGCUUCACACAGACUACGUACACGUGUACACACACGCGUUGGAGCUCUUUGGAAGUGUCAUUGACCGGCUGUCGCUGCACGACCAGACGACCGAGAACAUUCUCCUCUCCGCCAUGCCGCUCCUCCAGGCGCAUUCCGGGCGGGGCGGAAGGGGAGGAGCAGGGAGCGGGAAGGACGAGGAGGGCGGGGGAGGGCAGGCGCAGCAGGGCGGGGGGCAGACACAGGCUCUAUCUCAGCAGCAGCAGGAGGUGGUAUCCGGGCUGCAGUUCCAGAAAGUGCAGCGACUAGUGCUGAAAGGGAUUCUCUCGGGAGUGUCCCACGGGGUGGCAAUCGACGUCCUUUCCAAGAUCACCAUGCGCUCGUGCGAUAGGAUUUUCGGCGAUGGGAACACGAGGCUGCUGGUGCAUGUGGUGGGGCUGCUGCCGUGGCUGUGUGUGCAGUUGCAGUACGGGGCGGAUGCGGCCAUGGGUCUGCUGGUGCUGUCGUCGCCGCUGCAGCAGCGGCUGGAUAAGGCGCGCGCUGUCGCGAUGAAGAUUGCCAAGUGGUGUGUGCAGUGCGACCUGCAGGCGCUAGCCGAUGUGUUCUUCUCAUACGCCAACGCCGUCACCCUCACAGUGGACGAGCUUCUCGAGAGCGUGGCGCCGCCCAUCUGCGCGCAGUGGUUCCCAGACCACACACUCUUAGCCCUAGGCCACCUGCUGGCCAUGCUGGAAAAAGGCCCCAUGGAAUACCACCAAAUGGUGCUGCUCAUCCUGCAAGCUCUCCUCCGCCGCACAUCCCUGGACGCCACACAAAGCCCCUUGCUGUACGCGUCUGUUUCGCGCUUGCUCGACAGCGGGCACUGCCGGGAGGAGGCGCUGGGGGUGCUGGAGGCGAUUCUGGAUAGCUGCGCUGCCACGAUCCACCGCCCGGCCGGCUCGGUUUCUGCUGCGGCUGCUGCGGCUGCGGCGGCGGCGGGGGGGGAUUAUUCGCCGGGGUUUUCGGCCGAGUUGCUGCCGUCGCCGGACCUGGCACUGAGGCUGACUCAGGAGGCGCUGGCUCGGGUGUUGGACUCGUAUGGAGGGGGCCGGCGCACUGGCAAGGAGGCUAAGCGGUUGGUGCCGUUUGUUGACGCGGGAGCUGGGGCUGGAGGGUCCACUGGGGGUGGGGGAGGGAGCGGUAUGCAUGGUGGCAGAAGGGAUUAG